AUGUUGAUGCCUGAUAUCACAAGUGCCGGAGAACCUGGAGCCAGCGACAUGAUCGGUGGGUUGAUGACCUCUGUCGGAAUUGGAGGCGGGUUCGGUGCUAGAAGCACCAGGGUAACGACCGCAGUGAUGAAAGCUGCCACGGCCUCCAUCAUGACCCUGAGAUUUGGUAUCUCAGACGAGAUAUCCCGUGGUAUCAUCACAAGGAAAAUUUGCCAGCAAGUGGGGGACAGGAACAUGUUAUCUGAACGUGGUCUCUCCAACUCCUAA